AUAAGCAAUUACCGUAUUUUUCGCUCCAGAAGAUGCAUCUGACCAUAAGACGCACCUACGUUUUAGAGGCGGAAAACAAGAAAUAAAAUAUUCUGAACCAAUGGACUGCAGACACAGUACAGGAAAUGACCAGAGACUGCAGACACAGUACAGGAGAUGACCAGAGACUGCGGACACAGUACAGGAGAUGUCCAGAGACUGCGGACACAGUACAGGAGAUGACCAGAGACUGCGGACACAGUACAGGAGAUGACCAGAGACUGCGGACACAGUACAGGAGAUGACCAGAGACUGCGG